AUGCGGUGCGUUUGUUCGGUCCGUUCGGAGUUCUAUUAUUGUAUCUCUGUUGUAUUAGUGUGGCAGUUCUAUACAGCUAGCUGCCUGUGUACCAAUGGUACCCAAUGCGUACCCAAGUGCUGCCCCGUAGGCAAGAUCAAGACCAGCCUUGGAUGCGUUCCAGGAGGAAACGGAUUAGAUAUUCCAGAAGGCGUCUUCGUCCUCCAAAGGCAACCAAAUUGCUCCAGUAUGUACUACCUCGAACCGGAUAAAGACAAGUACGAGCUGUUCUACAACGGUACCCUCAUGCUGGAAGAGCAAGAUGCCAUGGUUCCAAUGAAUGAUUUCUGCUUGGAUGAGAACUUACUCAACAAGACAUUCAUCUACGUCUGUUUCCCGCCAGCGGAGGACGACACUCAGAAGGAACAGCAACUCAGAGUGUAUUCUGUAGGUCUCUUCAUAUCCUUACCUUUCAUAUUCGCAACGUUCCUCGUCUACGCUUGUAUUAAGAAGCUUACAAAAAACCUUCAUGGAAAGUAA